UUCAUCGAGUAAAGAAUGAAAUGGUGAGGGUAAGCAAAGCCCUUUUGAAAGAUGCAGGGAGUGGACUCAGCAAAACUCUCUCGGAAAUUCUAGUCUGCCCACUUUCCAAACAGCCCCUUAGGGUCUGUGAACAAAAUGGUUCAAUCAUCAGUGACUCCAUUGGCGUUUCUUUCUCUAUAAAGGAUGGAAUUCCUUGCUUGGUGCCAAGGGAUGGAAAAAUACUUGAUUCUGACGAAGACAUGCUAAAAGAUGAUGCUGGUGCUUCUGAUGCUGCAAGGAACAAGGAAUGAAAAGUUAGGAUAGUUGAGACAUCAUGUAGCACAAAGGCUACUAGUUUUUGCAGAAAUUUAUCUGAACCUGUUGAAAUCUUCUAGAGAGUCGUAACUUUCUUGUUUAGCAGCAGUAUAGUACAAUUAUUUUUCCACUUAUAACAAGUGUUGAAACUUCCAUAUGUUCAUCAGCUUCAACUACUUGAUUUCUCAACUGUUUCCAUAACAUGUUACUGGUAUGGUCUCUGAAAAUAAGUAAAUAACUUGUGAAACGGUUUCGCGACUUAAACAAAAUAUGACCUUUAUUUAUGGC